GGUGCUACUCGCAAACCGGAGCACGAGGGCUUCUCGUUCUCCGCAUGAACUCUCAAACUCUCGCCCCUCAAUCUGCAUUUUACGAAGAGUGCUGCACUUAUUGACUCUUCCUUCUAUCUUCCUGACACUUGUCACGUGCUGUGCUUCACCCUUUAUAUGUCAUGUCGAAUCCCUCAAGGAGUUUCGGUGCAUCUGAUAAACAUCAAAGAGUAGGACCUGAUUAUUUUGGUUACUAUGCUCAUGAAGUAGUAAACUUGUUGUCACGAGAUGAUAAUGAUUUGCAAUCUUCUAAAAAAACAUCCAAGCCUCCUCAAAAUUCAUCAGGACAGGACAGUGGAAAGAGUACAGAGGAACAUAGAGUUUCUUCUGGGUCAUUAAAUAGUGAUGAUUCAGACUUCAAAAAGGAAAGAUUGACAUCACUACUCAGGCAAAGUGUCACUGAUCUUUCAUCUGAAGUCAACGAGAUGCUCGAGCCAGUUUUAGCUAUGCGAAGGUUGCAAUCCAGGCUAAAAGGUGAGAAGCAUUCGUCUGGUCAUGCUGUUGCUGUACCUGAUGAUGAUGCAGUGCAAAUCCCUUCUAAAAAACGGAAGGGUGAUGACAAUCAAUUAGGUCCAAACACAAGUCCAGAAGAGAAGAAUGAAGAGGUGAAUGUUGAUCUUCAUUUUCUGUUGGAGAAUGACCGAGUGCAGGUUGAGGAAAUAGUGAAGAAACAUGCUGACCAAUUGUCAGGACGGCUAGGGUAUAUGGAACAGCAACUGGAGCUGCUUCUUGAUGCUGUAACAUCGACAUGCAGGCCCAUGACUCUUGAUGAGAAACAGCAGCUCCAGAAACUAAUUCAGAAGCUACCACCUAGAAAUCUUGACCGUGUUGUGGAAAUAAUCAGUCAAAGCAAGCCAGUAGAACAGCCUUGUGACCAAUUACUUGUUGAUCUGGAAAAAGAGGAUAAUAUUACACUAUGGAGACUGCAUUAUUAUGUUAAAGCUGUUGAGAGAGCCAGAACACUUUCAUGCAGCCAAAGGCUUGAUUAGUUUUUUUUUUUUUUUUUUUUACCAACCAAAGGCUUGAUUAGUUAAAUGCUGUAAAAGUUUGAACUGUAGCUCCAGUCAAUCAGGAUUUUUAAGUAGCAGACCCGCAUCUUACUAUGGGUAGAUUGUCAGUCUAGGAUUUUUUCCCCCUGUUAAUUCGGUAGCGAUGGGAAGAAACUUUUCGAUGACAAAUGAUGAUAAUCCACUAAGUCCCUUAGCUUUAGAAAGGCCUAUACAAGGUUUGGAAGUAUAUUUUGCAACUUUUGAUGGAUGUACCUAUUUUCUACUGCGUAGUAUCCGCUAGUUUGUAAAUUCUAUGAUGAAUAUGAAGCAAAAGCAAAUAUUCUCGGA